AUGUGCGAGUCGUACGAGCGCUACACGGACGAGCGCCGCGAGGAGCGGCGCGCCCGCAAGAAGGGCGGCCGCGGCGCAGCGGCAGAGGGCGACGAUGGCUCGGACAGCGGCAGCAACGACGACGACGCGCAGUCCGCGAGCGCAGGCCGCGACCCGCACGACAGGCAGGACAGCGAUCACGACAGUGAGCACGGCGACGGCGAGUCCUCCGACCCUGGCAGCGAGGCAGCUGACGGCGACAGCGACCAAGAGGCAGAGGAUGAUACAGGCGAGGCAGAAGGCUCUGGGCGUCACAGCAUCAAGAAGAGCUUCAUGGCAAAGGUCCUGUCGCCGCUCAUCGGCUACGGGACCUCGUUCGAGCUGCUCCAAUACGUCUAUGAUCUGAACCUGUGGAGCACGCUGGGCAGUCGCAAGAACCUCGGCCUCGGGGACAAGGUUCCCAUGCGCGUGCUCAUGAAGGGCAAUUCCUUCAGCCCGCUAUACUGGAAGGAGGUCCACAACGGGCUCAUCGACCUGGUGCGCCAAGUGGGCAUGCCCAAGAUGUUCUGGACGAUGUCCCCCUACGAGUACCUCGCGCCCUACCACGAAGUGGGCCCAGGGCGAGCGAAGAAGCUGGGCGGAGGCGCGUGGAAGAAGCACAUCCUCAGCAGCAAGGCGGAGAGUGGCAAGCCCAUCAAGCUCAUCGUCUUCACGCGCAUCGAAUUCCAAGAUGGGAGCCGCAAAGAGGGCACGUUCCGCUACCAAGGGAGCGGGCGACCGCACGCGCACAUCCUGCUAUUCGCUGACGAGCUCGAACCCGCGAAGGUGGAGCAGCUCGUCAAGGCGAGCCUGCCCUUGGCGGAGGACCUGGCGCUGACGGGCAAGGUCAAGUGCUCGCAGAAGGACCGCGACGAGGACUGGAAGUGGCCCAUCUACGACGGCCCCGAGGGCUGGAACGACGACGACGGCACGCUCAAGCUGACACACUCCGCGGAGGACAGGGACGAGGGCGUCCACCGCGCCUUCUUCGUGGACGUCAUGGACGGCUUCCCUUGCCACCAAGACCUCCAGGUCUCAGACGGAGAGUCCAUGCUGCUUCAGUACGUGGCGAAGUACGCAGCCAAGUUCUCGGACUCCUCCUUCGACGAGUGGUUCAACGACGAGGGAUCUGCGACCUCGGUGGCGCGCCGCAUGGUCAACGAGUACCACCCCUACGAGCCCGAGAUGUGGCUCCAGCUCAACGGCCAGAACUUCAAGCAGUGGCACGUCUCCACCGUCAGCAGGGGCAAGCGCGACAUCCAGGCGCCUUGGCCGGGCAUGGAGACGCCGCCCGCAUACGUUGAACAGUACUGCGCGGCCAGCCGCACCUGGCGCCGCGCCGACAUGCCCCUGCUGGAGUUCCUGCGGAAGACUGGAGACGACGGCCAGAUCGUCCACUGGAUUCAGAAGCCGUGGCGCGAGGAGGUGCUCGUCGUUGCCUUCGCCAAAUACGUCAAGGAGGGCGGCAAGCUGCCAUUCCAGAAGUUCCGCGUCGGCGCCACGAAGAAGGAGUUCAAAGCCUUUGCAGGGAGAGAAGAGCAAGGCGCCGACGACUUCCGCGCGUUCGCCAAGUGGCACGUCGAGGAGAAGCUGAACGCGGAGAUGAGCGGGCAGGUGCAGAUCGACCCGCUCGAGGUGGCCUCGCUCGCAGACUUUGCCAACGACUACCCGAUGAACGGCGAGAAGAUCGUCGGUGUCGACCACGUCUAUCGCCUGAACGAUAAGUUCUUCGGCCAGUGGCUGGCGCUGCACGUGCCUUUCUCGAACAGCAUGGACGAGCUCCUGGACGCGGACGUCGAUCGCCUGGUGCCCAAGAAGUACCGCUGGUUCGCCACGGCGCUGCGGCGCUGCGACGACCACGACCGCGUGCCCGUCGAGGUCCGCGACUUCUGGAGGCUGCCCCACAGGAUCAGGAGCGAGAUGAAGCAGGAGGCCAGCACCGACGACCACAUCGAGGACGUCCAGGAGAUGGUCCACGGACAGAUGGAACUGGUGGACGAGUACCUGUCGGGCGCACGCAACCGCGCCGAGGAGGAGACAGCCGCGGCGGCUGCGGCGGCGGCGAGCGGCCGCCGCGGGGGCGCUGGCCCCGCCGCCCCGCAGCAGUUCAACGCCCAACAGAAGAAGGUGGAGAAGGCCGUCAACAAGGCCGUCGACCGCGCCGUCAUCUAUAACCACAGCGACAGCGCCUCCGCGGUCGAGAGAGCGGGCGACGAUGCAUGGCAGAACAACACGCCGACCAUCGUCCUUGGCAAGCCAGGCACGGGCAAGACCACCGUCGUCAAGGAGUGCAUCCGCCGCGCCUGCGAGAAGGGCGCCCAGGUCCUCUUCGCCCUGCCCACGGCGCAGCUCGCGAGUCGCAUGAAAGUCUCCCUCCGCGGCAUCCAGAACGUCUGCGUGGACACUUGCCACGCGGCCUUCAAGUUCGGCCAGCCCGAGUCCGAGACGCUGCACCUGAUGAGCUCCUACGACAUGGUCGUGGUCGACGAGAUCUCGCUCCUCGAUAUGCCCCACUUCGAGGAGCUGAUGAAGAUGUGGGCCGCGGCGCAGAAGCUCUCUGCCUUUGUCAUCCUGGGCGACAAGUACCAGCUGCCCGCCAUUGACGCGGUCAAGAACGGUCGCCCCUGGGAGAGCGCCGCCUGGAAGAAGUGCAGAGUGAUCACCCUGCACCGGGCCCGGCGCUGCAAGGACCCCGAGUUCCUCAAGGUCCUCGACAAGCUCCGCGUGGACAAGCCCAGCAAGAAAAUGCUCAGGAGCAUGUGCCGCGGCCGCAAAACCUGGAACUGGGAGCACCCCGACGCGGACGACAUCAAGCGCCACCUCGAAGAGCACCCAGAGACCGUCAUCGUCACGUGCACGCGCCACAAGGCGGAGGCGAUCAACAACCUCGCCGUGGAGGGCCUCUUCGCGGGGCGCAGGCCCAUCGCGGUGAUCGACGGGGACAUCGACAUCAACCCCGAGAAUUACACCAAGGACGGCUUCCGCGACGACCGCAGGCCCAUUCCAGCCAAGGUGCCGAUCUACAGAGGUGCUCGUCUCUACCUCACACAGAACGUGCGCAAGGAGGACGACUACGUCAACGGCAUGGCCUGCACGGUCGAGAGGUUCACGCCGAACGGCGACGGCGGCGCGCUCCUCGUCCGCACCAAGACGAACCAGCUCCUGCCCAUCACCAAGUGGACCAACAAGAAGGUCGAUGGCCGCAGCGUGCGCCACUUCCCCAUCAGGCUCGGCUACGCGAGCACCAUCCACAAGGUGCAAGGGGAUGAGUUCAAGCACAUCACCGUCGUGCUCGACAAGCAGUUCUGCCCCGCGGCGGGCUACGCGGCGUUGUCGCGCGUGGAGCGCGCUGCCGACUACAAGCUCGCGGGCGCGUUGACGCCCGAGCACUUCGUGCCCGCCACCUGGAUGGAUCCCUCCUGA